GCCGCGAUCCGCAAUUAAAGAUGAACUUUGGGUGAACUAAUUUAUCGGACCAAGGUAGGGUGGGCAGCGACCUGGGAAGGGUAUAAAAGGCGGCCCGCGGCGAGCCCGUCCCGCGCACUCGGAGCUCCGGGCUCGCUCCCCAGCCAUGGGCUUCUCCGCCCUGGUCGCCAGCGCCCUGUGCACCUUCCUGCUGCCCCUGCUGCUCUUUCUGGCCGCCGUCAAGCUCUGGGACCUGUACUGCGUGAGCGGCCGCGACCGCAGCUGCCCGCUGCCGCUGCCCCCGGGCACCAUGGGGCUCCCCUUCUUCGGGGAGACGCUGCAGAUGGUGCUGCAGAGGCGGAAAUUCCUGCAGAUGAAGCGUAGGAAAUACGGGUUCAUCUACAAGACUCACCUCUUCGGGCGCCCCACGGUGAGGGUGAUGGGCGCCGAGAACGUGCGGCACAUCCUGCUGGGCGAGCACCGGCUGGUGUCCGUGCAGUGGCCCGCCUCGGUGCGCACCAUCCUGGGCUCGGGCUGCCUCUCCAACCUCCACAACGGGCAGCACAAGCACCGCAAGAAGGUACGGAGCCAGCCCCGACGGACGGGCGGUGGGCGGCGGCCCCGGGCGCGGCGGCUGAACCCGUGUCCCCUUCCUCCUCCCCGUCCUCCCGGGCAGGUGAUCAUGCGAGCCUUCUCCCGGGACGCGCUGCAGCACUACGUGCCCGUCAUCCAGGAGGAGGUGAGCGCCUGCCUGGCGCGGUGGCUGCGCACCGCCGGGCCGUGCCUGCUGGUCUACCCCGAGGUGAAGCGCCUCAUGUUCCGCAUCGCCAUGAGGAUCUUGCUGGGCUUUCAGCCCCGCCAGGCCGGCCCCGACGGCGAGCGGCAGCUGGUGGAGGCUUUUGAGGAGAUGAUCCGCAACCUCUUCUCCCUCCCCAUCGACGUGCCCUUCAGCGGGCUCUACCGGGGCUUGCGGGCGCGCAACAUCAUCCACGCCAAGAUCGAGGAGAACAUCCGUGCCAAGAUGGCCUGCAAGGAGCCCGAGGGCGGCUACAAGGAUGCGCUGCAGCUGCUGAUGGAGCACACGCAGGGCAACGGGGAGCAGCUCAACAUGCAGGAGCUGAAGGAGUCUGCCACAGAGUUGCUCUUUGGGGGCCAUGAAACCACUGCUAGCGCUGCCACGUCCCUGAUUGCCUUCCUCGGGCUCCACCACGAUGUUCUGCAGAAAGUGAGGAAAGAGCUGCAGGUGAAGGGGUUACUGUGCAGUCCCAGCCAAGAGAAGCAGCUGGACAUGGAGGUCUUGGAGCAGCUGAAGUACACGGGCUGUGUCAUCAAAGAGACCCUCAGGCUGAGCCCUCCUGUUCCUGGAGGAUUUCGAGUUGCACUCAAGACCCUUGAGCUAAAUGGUUACCAGAUCCCUAAAGGGUGGAAUGUUAUUUACAGUAUCUGUGAUACCCACGAUGUGGCAGAUCUCUUUACCGACAAGGAUGAAUUUAACCCGGAUCGCUUCAUGUCUCCAUCUCCAGAGGAUUCCUCUAGGUUCAGUUUCAUUCCUUUUGGUGGGGGCUUGAGGAGCUGCGUGGGCAAAGAGUUUGCAAAAGUCCUUCUAAAAAUAUUUACAGUGGAGUUGGCUCGGAGCUGUGACUGGCAGCUGCUGAAUGGACCUCCUACAAUGAAGACUGGCCCUAUAGUGUACCCUGUGGACAAUCUGCCUACCAAAUUCAUAGGUUUCAGCGGCCAAAUCUGAGAGCUCCACACUUGUCUCUGGCUGGAUUUCUACAUGGCAUUUAUUAUGUACAUAGUAACUUUUUAUAGUAACAAAGGCCUUUAAAUAUUUAAACUUGUUAAUGUACAGUAGUUAUUUAUGUCCUCUAAAUAUUUCAAAAGGCUAUGAUAUUUUUUUCCUCCAAGCACUACAAUUAUGGGUCUCUGAUUCAUAAUUAGAUAAUGUUAUUUCUAUAGAAAUAAGUUUUCCCCUAUUUAAAAAUCUUACUCCGAGCUGGCCGGCUAAGCAUUUGAAGGCAUUUCAUGAUGGCAUAUGUAUUAAGAAAUACUUUUAAAGGCAUUUGAAACAAUGGUAACUAGCUGCUCAUCCAAAUUGCCUAAAACGGUUAUUGUUUGAGAAUG